AUGCAAAUGACUUCCUACCAAAUCACAGAAGAUCUUCUCGUUCAAGAUCAAGGGUUUGGAACCGCCGUGGAUGUCGACUCGGAUGACCCCGAUCUUUCAUCAGAGGAAGACCAUGAUCCAGAGCCAGACGAAUUAAUCCAGGGUCCUUCAACUGGUUUUACCAAGCGUGGACAACAGAAACCCGAUAGUGCUGGCCCAUCUGCAGCAAAGACAGACAAGAACAAUACCCCUCUUCAGCAGAUCAAGGAGCCUCGUAAGACCACCGUACCACCUCCGAAAAAUGAGUCCAACCCAGCCAAUUACUCUCGCGUUAGCAAGUGA